AUGCCGGCGCUGGCCAUGGCGCCGGCGCCCGCAGCCGCGGCGACCGGCGCCUCACCGGAGGGCAAGCAGCAGGGCGUCCUCGAGGUGGCGCCGGGCGCCGACGUGUCCGCGUGCGUCGCCGAGUACGCGCGCCGCUGUGGCUGCGGCGUCUACGUCCUGGGCGCGUCGGGCGCCAUCGUGGACGCCGCCGUGCGCGGCGCCGCCGCGCUGCUCCGGGGCCGGUUCGAGCUCCUCUCUGUCACGGGCACCGUGCUGCCGCCCCUGGCGCCGCACGAGGCCGGUGCGGACGGGGAGUCGGGGAUGCCGGCGCAAGCAUGGGAUGGCGUGGGCAAGAUUUGCACUUAG